GAGAGAUUCGAAUUUCUCGACGAACAUACCGAAUGCAAGCCGCAGCCACCAGAUGCACCGGUGAUCAUACGACCAUACGUGAGAGGGUGGGAGUGAUGCAGUGGGGGUGCUCGCGCACUCCGGGGCCCACUUGUUCUUCGGAGCGCGAUCUGCUUGUCACUCGAGAGCGCGUUGCCGUUGUGGCAACAUCGGCCACCUUCGUCUCUCUCUUCUCUCUCUCUCUCUCACUCUCACUCUCUCUCCCUCUUCCUCUUCCUUGUUUAUUCUCAAGAAAGAGUGUCGUCAUCUAUAUAUACAUAUAUAUAUAUAUAUAUGCAAAAAAAAAAGUAAACAAACAAAGAGAAGACACGCGUAAAACGAACGAUUUUCGCGAACGUAUCGUAUCGGUGAUAAUACCAUUGUGUCUCGAGGAAUGUGAUAAUUAAAAGAAGAAGAAGAAGAAGAAGAAGAAGAAUAAGAAGAAAAAACAAAGAGAAAAUUAUGAAAUAAACUCGCGCCAUAAAUAAUAUCGAUAAUUGUGAACGAAAUUGUUUUUCUCUCUUCUUUCUCUUUUUUUUUUUUUUUUUAUUUAUUUAUUCAUUAAAACGAGAUCGAUCCUAUAUAUCGAUAGAUGGAUAAUUAAAGAGAAUGAGAGUUAAAGAAGAUUAAAAAAAAAAACCUGUGUCGAUCUUUUUUUCAUAAGCUUUUAAAGAACGCUAUCCUAUCGAAGAGAUAAAUGAAUUAAAAAAAAGGAAUAUUAAUGAUCGAUUAUUUCUAUGGAUAUAUGAAAUAUAAAUCGAUAAAGUGAAGAAGACGAAUUAUUUUCGAAAGGAUAAUUUUUGAUACUUUGGUAAAAAGAUAUAACGAAAUAUCUUUUGUAAAAUAUGACGACGGAAUCAUUGCCAAGGGAUGUGGAUGCCCACAUCGUAAAUCUUUUGACGAGACUUACGAAUAUAAGAGAGAAUAAUCCUGAUUUAUCCGAAAGAAGGAUACCAAUGUUAACCGAGGCGCGAAGUUUGGAACUUUGGAGGGCGGUAGCGGUUGAGUGCCUUGCAACUUUCCUCUUCGGUUUGGUUGUAUCCGGAGCAGCCUCUUCUACUGCAGUCUCCGGAAGUGGACUCUCCAUCCUAGCGACCGCAAUUGCUUCCGGUUUCGCCGUCUCAGCGAUCUAUCUCAUUUUCGGUCAUGUUAGCGGAGCACACAUAAAUCCUGCAGUAUCAAUAUCCUUUUCUCUAUGUCGACGUAUCUCACCGUUACGUGCAGCUCUUUACAUAGCAGCUCAAUGUGGUGGAGGUAUAGCAGGAGCUGCAAUGCUAUACGGGGUUACGACACCUUCCAAUACACAAACGUUAACAUCACCCGGACGUAUCAGCGGACCUAUCGAAAGACUUUUAGUCGAACUGGCACUUUCGGUUCUUAUCGUUUUGGCCCAUUUUUCUGCGGAGACAUCAAGGUCCUUAUCCAUUGGGAUCUCCUCGAAGUCAGCCGGUGUUUUGGGCGCCGCAUAUACAGCUGCAACUCUCGUUUCGAGUCCGUUCGUGAAUCCAGCACGUGCUUUGGGACCUGCUUUUGUAAUGAAUCGUUGGGAAAAUCACUGGGUUUAUUGGGUCGGUCCUAUAUCGGGUGGUGCUGUCGCUGCAUUGCUUCACGAAUACGUUCUUAGUCCAAGAAGAUCGAGAGAUUCUCGUGAGAUGGACGACGGUGAUAAUUCAUCAAUGAGAUCGGACGAGGACACUUACGAUGACUUGGACAAACCAAGUGGGCCAAAGUUUCCAGGAGCAUAUGCUACCUAUCGUCCAGUUGCCGGUGCCUCCUCAUCUAUCUACAGUGCACCACCGACAGCAUUGGAACGCGUAGAAUCGAUCUACGGAGGCACCAAGUCUCUUUAUUGCAAAUCCCCACCUUUAACUAGAGCGAAUCUGAAUCGUUCGCAAAGCGUUUAUGCUAAAUCGACGUCCGGUCCGCGGGAUGGUUUGAUGAUACCAAAACCAGGCCCACUUGUACCAGCUCAAAGUCUUUAUCCAAUGAGAAUAGGACAGUCCACUACGCAAAAUGCAGGAAGGGAUGGCCAACAGGCAUUAACCGGUCCUAAUCAAUCAUCCCAAAAUCACAACAGUACCAAUCAAAACAUGCAGAAUCAAUUGCAACAAUGUACGCAGAGUAUAUAUGGCAUAAGAGGAAUAUCGACGAGUCUGAGUACGCGGGAGAACGGAAUUUAUGGUAUGUCGACGGGAUCUAGUAUAUAUGCUAGAGCACCUGUACCACCGCCUAGUAGCCAAAGCUCUCAUCAAUCUGGACAAAGCGGUCAAUCCUCUACGCAAGGUCAUCAACAGCAGCAACAACAGCAACAACAACAGCAACAGCAACAACAACAGCAACAGCAACAACAACAACAACAAUCGCAGCAACAACAACAACAUCCAAAUGGCACGCUCUCAACCAAUUCCGAUAACGCAGCAAAUUCGAGGAGACCCGAAAGCAUGUACGGUCAUGUAUCAAGACGUAGCGAUGAUUCCGCUUAUGGUAGCUAUCAAGGUUCGACCAGAGGGAAUUAUGGUAAAGUUCCUGGUCCAGCUGGACCAUCUAAUGGACCACCUGGACCACCUCAGUAUCGUGAUCAAAAUAGACCCAGUCCAGCAGGACCUCUUCAACAAAAUCAGAAUCAACAAAGUAACUUCCAAAGGAAUUCACCGAAUCCUCUUUACUGAUCUUCCAUGACUGCUAGCAUUUCUGUACCGGAUAAAGCCUAUUGGAAUCUACGAGCGGAACGUGCCAUUUUAUAAAACGUACCUCGUAAGCCUAUGAAUAUGAGAUCUAUAUAGAGGGCCCCGUACAGUUUAUGCGAAAAACAUUAAUCGGAUAAUCGAUUAUGUAAGAAAAUUUGAUCAAGACUUUCUUCCCAUUUCUUUGCUUCCUUUUCUUUUUGUUUUUCUAUUUUUUGUUUUUGUUUUCUUUUUUUUUUUUUUUUUUUUUUUUUUUUUUUCCUUCCCUAUGUUAACCGAUCGUAAUCGAUUGAUCGAUUAUAAGUGAUUUUUAAAAUCGUACCGACAAUUAGUCUUAUUAGAAAUCUAUUUAAGUACGUAAGUAAAAUUCGUACGUACGAUUCUAUUCGAUUUUGUAUAACCAAGUAUUGUACAAUAGUCCUGUCCUAUCGACAGAAUAUUAUCAUAGCGAUGUUAUUGAUAUAAAUUUAUAAUAAUAAUAAUAAUGAUGAUGAUGAUCAUACGUAAUCGUGAUCUUGAAUGAAAAAUUCAAGAAACAUAUGGAUUUUGCAAUUCAAAUUCAAAUUUUUUCCAAAUCAAAUUCACCCGUUUGCAAAUCGAUUUUUUUUUUUUUCUUUUUUUUUUUUUUUUUUUUUAAUCAAUAUUAUUCCUUUUCUUUUCUCUUUUUUUCUUUAAUAUUUAUCCAGCUUUAAUAAUAAAAGAUAUAAUCAAUUCAUAAUAUUCCAAAAUAUUUGUCAUAAUGUAAACGUGUUAAUUGUUAUCAAUUAUAAAUUAAAUUAUCGAUAAUCAAAAGAAAAAUCAAAACGCCAAUAACGUCGAGUGAAUUUCUUUGGCAAAAAGGGAUGAAUUUGAGGUGCAUUAAUAUCUGUAUUUAGUUCAAUGUACGUAAAAAAAAAAAAAAGAGAGAAAAAGAAAAAAAAAAAAGAAAAAAGAGAAAAAAAACAA